GAGAGAGAGAGAGAGAGUCACAGCGCGCCUGACUGACUGAACGGAAGACUGAGACGGUUAAAAGCACAGAGAACGGGACAAAUCAAAACCACUGGAAAAAAACGCGCUCUAGAAAAGAAGAAAAUUUCGCAGAAUUUAAACGAAGGAAAGAUGCCGUUUACCCAGACUGAGGUAACACGGUCUCAAAGAUGAGGGGUUACAACAUCCCCGUGUUCCGUCAAUCCUCAUUCAAGAAAACACAAUCAUCAUGAUGUCAACUUUGAAGGACACACUGCAACUUGAAUACACAUCAUCGCCUCGGAUAUACUCUUGCUGUACAGAAGUGAUGAAAAUUCUGGCUGCUUCUAUUGAUUGACACUGGAACUGAAAGCUGAAAACUCCCAGGGUGUUUCUGGUUGAUGUUAUCCUUAUUUCAGUGCCUACAAUUCAUAGGAAUCCUACAGUAAAGGGCUGCAAUUUUCAUUGGUCACUUAAAUUGAAGGACAUAGAGAAUCAAGAUGACCUUCAGCCCUUGAUCAAUUUCCUAUCUUGAAUUAAGAGGACGAUUGUCACUGUUCAAACUCUUGACUGCUCAGACCUACCAGCCAAAGGACAAUGUGGAAGAAUCGCUAGAUGGGCUUGUGAUUGGAAGUAAAGAAGGGCAAGAAAAACCUGCGUUUUCAAUACUACACUGACCAAGAAUAUUGGCUUGAGACAUUGGGAUAAAUUACCUCUGCAGAGAGAGUGGGGUACAUUGCCUGGAAUUAUGGCCACAGAGAGCCUAGUUGAACUCCGUGAUUGGUUGUUCCUACUUCUCCUAUGCCUGACAUUAUUGGUUGAAGUCCUCGAGUUUGCUGCAGCAACAGCUGCCGCCGCUGAGGCAGCUCUCGGUGAGGCGGAGCUUCAGGGAGAUGUGCCAUGCCCCUCAGCUUGCAGGUGCGAUGAUGGCUUCAUUUACUGCAAUGACCGUGGCUUGAGUAUCAUCCCACCAUUACCAUUAACGGCAGCUGUGCUGUAUCUGCAAAACAACCGAAUAGACAAUGCUGGGCUACCAACAUCUUUAGAGCGACGACUGACUGUGAGAGUAGUUUACCUUUAUGAUAAUGAACUUGACGAUUUUCCAACACAUCUGCCUCCGUCACUACGAGAACUUCACCUACAGGACAACAAUAUACGAACUUUACCCCGUUCCGCUCUUGCACGGCUACCCCUGCUGGAGAAGCUUCACAUGGAUGACAAUUCCGUUUCAACCGUAAGCAUAGAAGACAAAGCAUUCGCCAACAAUCCAAGGCUGCGUCUUCUUUUUUUGUCACGCAACCACCUCUCAAGUAUACCAUCAGGACUGCCUGCAUCACUUGAGGAACUCCGCCUAGACGACAAUCGCAUUUCAACUAUUCCAACACACGCAUUUCGAGGUCUCUCCUCUCUAAGACGUCUCUUCCUUGAUGGAAAUCUGCUGGCAAAUCAACGUAUUGCAGAUGAUACAUUCUCACGGCUGUCUAACCUCACAGAGCUCUCUCUGGUUCGUAACUCGCUCCAGGCACCACCAUUAAACCUUCCAAGUAUGCAUCUCCUUCGGCUUUAUCUACAGGACAAUGCCAUAGCCCACAUGCCACGAAGCUCCCUGGAUGGCAUGCGAAGGCUACAGAAACUGGACCUAUCAGGUAACAACUUGACGACUCUUCCGAGAGGUUUAUUCAAGGACCUGGACAGCCUUUCACAAUUACUUGUCCGAGGAAAUCCCUGGUACUGUGGCUGUAACCUCCGCUGGCUUCAUGACUGGUUGCAUGAGCGAGGUUCAUCUGUGACUGUGAGAGGUUUAACUUGCCAUGGACCAGAAAGACUAAGAGGCAUGGCACUAAGGGACCUUACAAGUCAACUGGAAGACUGCGAGGUCAGCGCAGAUACUGCGGGAGGAAUGGUUGGAAACGAUGGAGCAAAGAAGGAGAAAGAUUAUUUUCCCACACAAGCACCAGCUACAACAACCCCUCCACUUCCGCAGGGUUCACUCUUUACCCUCAGAUCCAGACGACCAGGACACAAGUAUUCAGAUAUUAGCCAGGACAGUCUUGGAGGUGGAAAUGGGGUUACAGAUAAAUCAUUACUAAUCAGUGUAAAACCUCUCACACCAGAGACAGUCCACAUUACCUGGCAGGCUGCACAGCCAGUCCCCUCCUUCAGACUUUCCUGGUUACGACUAGGCAACAGUCCCGCAAUGGGGUCAAUCACAGAAACACUUGUGCCAGGGGAUCGCCGUGAGUAUUUACUUACGCAACUACAGCCCCAGUCAAGUUACAUCAUCUGCUUGGUGCCCCUCUCUGGAAACGAUGGUAAAAUAACCUAUUUUACAGCAACUGGGGGUUUAAACAUUAACACAAACUCAGAGCAUGAGCACCCUGCUUGUGCCAAAACAGAGACUGAUCCCCUAGAGCAGUCUAUUUCAGACCAGGACAGUGAUCAAGGAACUGACCAACUGUCAGCCCUACCACUUGCUGGAAUUAUUGGAGGUGCAACAGCACUGGUGUCUUUGUUCUUAAUUUUUGCCAUCUUCUGCUGGUACGGACACCGUGCAGGGUACCUUGCGCCAGGUGACCAUUCUAUAUACGGCAGAGAUGUUGUUGGAUCACGAGGUGCCAUCAAACAUUUUGAUGACUAUGUUGAGUCAGGAACCAUAAAAGACACGUCCAUCUUAGAAAUCAGACCUCACGGCUUUCAAAUGACACCAAUGUCUGCCCAACAGCCUUUGCAGCCAAAGGCAAAAGUUGAGGAUAUGACAUACAUUCAUACUAUCUUUCCCUCUAAUAAUGCAACUCUAUAUAGGAGCACCCUGAACCACACAGGAAAUCCAGGCUAUGGAACAAAUCGAGGGUACAGAGAAGGAGGAAUACCAGACAUAGAUUAUUCAUACACGUGAUAGCCUUUUUAUAGCCCCCUGCCUAUAAUGUUCCUGUUAUCAGGUAAAGCAGUUGGGUAAGGGUUCUUUUCCCUAAGUUCUAAAGUAGGGGUGUGCCGAUUCUAAGGGGACCAUUUUUCCCCCAUCUAUCAUACACAAAAAGUUAUUACUGGAUAGAAGACUUCAAGUAGAUUUUUAAAAAAUCUAAAUAUUUAUACUUAAAAUAGCAUAGUUUUCACACCAUUGGAGUGCUGUUUUAACAUGAAGACGUUUAAAACAAAAAUCAGAAUUCUGCUAAGUGAAAUGGGUAAUUUAGUGAUGUUACUCUAUGUACAAGAAUGAAUAUGAUUUACUAUUCAAAAUCAGGUGUUAAAAAAGCUAUAUGGACUGUACUGCAGCCACUCUACAUAAAUGAUGCAAAACAAUAACAUGGUUAGGUAAAAAUGUUCAGAAAGGAACACCUCGUGAUACGUGAAUGGAGCAGGUUUUCAUUCGGCACACCCCUAUUCCAAAGUACCCUUUGUGCCUCCUUUAGUCUGUUUUCAAAACAUUGUUCUUAAUGGGCAAAAACCCUCUGGAACAUGCUUAAAAUACCAAUAAUAGUCAGAAGGUGCCAGGGAUACCACUCUUUGUGUUGAUGUCAUCCAAUAUUCAGAUGAUAAUUGAAGCUGUUUUUGCAUCUUAGUACCAAUGAUUAUCAGUGUCAUAAAACUAGCUCAUUUUAAGGGUUAGCAUGAUAAUGAUGAGUUCUGGGACCAGGUUCAUAUAGAUUUAAAUUUACUACCUGGACUUUACUGUGUAUAUAUGCACUGGGGAAAACUGAUGCCUUUCCAUUCUGGGGGAUACUGACGACGACAGCAAGAAAAAGAAAUCUUUUUGUUAUUCAAAUUCUAAUUCUCAGUUCUCUCUCCCUCCUUUUAUGGGCUUUUCCUUUAUUCUCUCUAUUUCUUUUGCACGCAGCACGAGGACUUUGUUCCCAACCAAGAGAGCUGACAGUGGUGAUAAUGGUUUUGACAAUGAAAGACCUCAAAUUUUCUUUUCUUUUCUUUUAAUGGGAGUGGGAAAAGUGGGGUAGAAAGAGACAAAAGGAAAGAGAUGAAGGCGCAGAAAAAGGUUUCAUGUUCACAAAGAAAAUUUGUCUAAAAAAAUAAGACACUGAAAAAGUGGCUAUCUUAUGUCUGAAAAAACAAACAAACAAAACAAAUCACAUUUUCCAUUCCCCACAUGGAGGUUUCAAGAACAGUCAAACACAAUAUAUGAAGCUCAGUAGUUUUACCUGCUCAACAACAGACAUGUAUUUCAAUUAUGACAAAAGGAAUGACUUCAAAAAAUCUGAGGUCAUUUUAACUAAACAGAAAGACAAUCAUGACAGGGGGCAACACUAAUUGAUGAAUGAACCCAAACUGACACGCUGACAUAGAUAAUGCAGUCAAUUUAGCAUGUAAAAUAGCAAACUAAAGGGCAACUAAAGGACAUACCAGAAAAUAUCAUGGACACUAAAUCUAGUAGAUGACUAGAAAAAAUUCAGACAACAUUAACAUGUCAUCUCUUUACAAUCUUUGUGUGUGAAACAGUGUGUGUAUCUACAACCCAGAGGUGCAGGAAAAACAGAAAUCAGGGAUUUAUAAAAUAUGUAACACUGUGAACCUCUGCAUCUUGUGUGUGGGCUAAGAAGGAAGAGAGAGAACUAAGGUCUUUAACUGAUUAAAGACAAUCCACUUUUUUCCACAGUCUGACUUUGUGUGACUUAAAUGCAGCAUUAGCCGAGAGAGUAGCAAGUUAGCGACACUAAAUGGAUAUCCGUACCGGAUCUGCAAUUUUCCAGCCUUUUCUGAUGCAUUUUAAAAGUGAACUAUUCAAAAAGUAGUCCAUGUAAAUCACGUCU